AUGGUCAAGGACCUGCAGGCGAGUGUUGAGACCCUGUCAGCUGCUGCAUCCAAGUCAAGCAAUAGAGCGACAAUGCCGCUGCUUCCACCGCUGCCGUUUGAAAUGGGUCAAGCGCAGCCAAUGCCAAUGUUGCUGAACAACGACGGCAUUCUGGCAGGCACCAAACCUGCAGCUGCCUAUGGGCGUGGAACUCCCACCGCAGAUGGCGCCCAUGGCUCAGACACAGCAGACUGGCAUGUGUGGAGGCUAUGGACACAGCGUAAACAGCCUCACGCUGGUGCAUCCAGUGGACCGACCAGAGCACGCCAACCCGAACGAGAGUCUUUUCAAUGA